AUGAAUGAACCAUCAUUACGUCGUUUAGAAUUUGAUCGUGAAAAUAAACUUUAUGAACUUUUUAUUUCAACAAAUGAUUUAUCUAUAAUUGAAUCGAAUCGUCAAAAUCAAAGUAAUGAUAUUAGUUGGUUAUUGGCAUUUGGUAGAUAUCUUAAAACUAUUCGUAUAAAUUCUCAUUCAAUUAGUUCAAAUAUUCUUCUCUAUGAAUUUAUUAAACAUAUAUUAAAUGAAAAUCUUCAAAUAAAUCGUGGAUUAUUAUUAAUUCUUAAACAAUGUGUUUAUCUUUAUCCGACUAAACUUAUUAAUUUAUCAUUUCAACAUUAUUUAUCAAAUGUUUUAUUAAUUACAUUAGAUUCUUAUCUUAAAUAUAAAUAUAUUCGUCUUCUUUAUUUAAUUAUAAAUGAAAUUGAUGAAAAAUUUCUUAAUGAAAUUCUUCCAUUAAAAGAAAAUCUUCUUAAAAAUUAUCAUCAAUAUGAUAUAUCAAUAAUAAUUAUUUUAGAAAAAUUAGUUUUAAUUAAUUUAGAUUGUAAUUUACAAUUAUUACUUAAUGAAAUUUAUAAUAAAACAUUAUAUGAAUAUUUAAAAUUAAAUGAUUUUGAUGAUGAUGAAAUUAUUGAUUUAUGUUAUAUUUUAUUUCAAAUAAAUCUUAAAAAAAAUCUUCAAUGUUUAUUUAAUAUAUCGAAUAUAUUUAUUGAUUUAUUAAAAUAUAUUAAUUAUGAUAUAGAUACAAUGAUAAAUUGGUUAUUAACACCCGAAACUGGUGAAAAAUUUCUUAUAUUUAUUCUUCGUUUAAUUAAAUAUUUAUCUUUAAAUCAUAAUGAAUUAAAAUCUCAAGCAGGAGAUAAUCUUUAUAAUCAAAUAAUCAUAACAAUGAAUCGAUUUCAUCAACAAUUAAAAAAUGCAUAUGAAAAAUCUUUAUUUCCUUAUAAUAUAAAACCAUUACUAAAUGCAUUUAAUUUAUUCUAG